GGAGCCGGAAGUUAAGGCGGGGAGGGGCGGGGGGUGGAGGGAAAAGCAAGCCAGGAGGUUCUGCAGCCGCUUCUAGUAGUUUCCAGGCGCUGCCGGGCGGCUGGGACCAGGCGGUCCUGAGGCUGUGGCUGUGGCUGCUCGGGAGCUGGUGGCGGUGCGACAGGAGAGCCGAUGGCCAAGUGGGGUGAGGGCGACCCACGCUGGAUCGUGGAGGAGCGGGCGGACGCCACCAACGUCAACAACUGGCACUGGACAGAGAGGGAUGCUUCAAAUUGGUCCACGGAUAAGCUGAAAACACUGUUCCUGGCAGUGCGAGUGCAAAAUGAGGAAGGCAAAUGUGAGGUGACAGAAGUGAAUAAGCUUGAUGGAGAGGCAUCCAUUAACAACCGCAAAGGCAAACUUAUCUUCUUUUAUGAGUGGAGCAUCAAACUAAACUGGACAGGUACCUCUAAGUCUGGAGUGCAGUACAAGGGACAUGUGGAGAUCCCCAAUUUAUCUGAUGAAAACAGUGUGGAUGAAGUAGAGAUUAGUGUGAGCCUUGCCAAAGAUGAGCCUGACACAAAUCUCGUGGCCUUAAUGAAGGAAGAAGGGGUGAAACUUCUAAGAGAAGCAAUGGGAAUUUACAUCAGCACCCUCAAAACAGAGUUCACGCAGGGCAUGAUCUUGCCUACGAUGAACGGAGAGGCCGUAGACCCAACCGGGCAGCCAGCACUGAAAACUGAGGAGUGCAAGGCUAAGUCUGCUCCUUCAAAAACCCAGGCCAGACCUGUUGGUGUCAAAAUCCCCACUUGUAAGAUCACCCUUAGAGAAACCUUCCUGACCUGGCACUUUGCCACCAUCACCCUGACCUUCCUGGACAAGAACGGAGAGACGGAGCUGUGCAUGGAAGGCAGAGGCGUCCCGGCCCCCGAGGAGGAGCGAACGCGGCAGGGCUGGCAGCGGUACUACUUCGAGGGCAUCAAACAGACCUUCGGCUACGGCGCUCGCUUAUUUUAGGGCUGGCAGCAGUGGGCGGCCCGCCCCCUCAGGCCAGCCCUCUCCUGUUGGGGCUUGGGACUCCCAGGAUGGCACCAUCCCAACCACUAACUUGGGGCUGGGGCCCCUUCCCUCCACGUAUACCUGGGGUUUGUGCAUGUUUUCUGCUGGGUGGGAUCAGAGGGCGAUUUCUCUUUUAUGUGUACAUACGCUAAAUAAACGUAAUUUAAAAAACGUG